AUGUGCCCCACACUCCUCAGCCUCCUGAGUCUCGGUGAAUAUGAGAAGCUGUCUUUGUCUGCCUGGCCAAGCCCCGUGGUUCCCUUAGGACAGACUGUGACUCUUUGGUGUCACUCCCGUUCUCCACUUAAGAGAUUCACACUGUUCAAAACAGAUGAGAGAAGGCAUUUGCCUGUGCUCCAGGGACGUUAUGUCAACAACUUCACCCUUGGCCCUGUGACCAGAGAACAUGCUGGGUUCUACAUGUGUUCUCGAGCCUAUUGGUCUGCACCCAGUGACCCCCUGCAGAUUGUGGUCUCAGGUGUGUUCACAAAACCCUCCAUCUCAGCCCACCCAGGGCCCCUCAUGCAGCGGGGAGAGAAUGUGGCCCUCCGCUGUCACUCACUGGUGGUGUUUGAUAAGUUUAUCCUUCACCAAGAAAGCAGCACAGGUCAUUUCCAGAUAUGUGGAGAGAUGUUCACUGGUGGGCAUGCCACAGCUGACUUCGUCAUUGGCCCCAUGACUUUGGCGACUGUGGGCAGCUACAGAUGCUACGGCUCUCUCAGCAGCUCCCCCUAUGAGUGGUCAGCCCCCAGUGACCCUGUGGACAUUGUCAUCACAGAGCUCCCUUCCUCUGUCAGCAGCACACUGUGGUACCAGACACACUUGCAGUCCAGCCCCUGGGUGAUCGAGAUGGAGGUCGACACCCUGACGUUGCUCAGCUCGCGGUUUAACGCAUCAUCUGCACAAAGAGGAGGGAGAGGUCCCUCCACCCUCUGCGCUAAGGAGUCCCUUCCAGCCCCUGGGGGUGUGCAGGGCAGCACUGAACACACCCUCAAGAAAGAGGUGGUCAAAGAUCCUGAUCCUCUACAGGUACUUGCCCAUCAACCAUGGAUCCAGACACCACAGAAGUUCUGUGACUUUGGGCUCCUCAAUGUUCCUGUCAUGUCAGCAUUUGAAAUCAUAGUCUGUAUUAGAACCUGA